AUGGUUAGAAGAUUUCGACCGUUCUCUCCUCAUCUUCCUGUCUUCCAACAAUUUCUCUAUUCAUUCCUAAUCAUUAUUCCUUUACUGGGUAUGUUCUAUUAUCUUUGUCUCAUGCAGAGUUCUUCGGAAACGUUCUAUACUCUGGUCUGGAGACUUGCUUGCUCACUGAGCAAGGAAGCCUUAUCCAGACUCUUACUUCGUGGCUCCUCCGUUACUCUCAUCAUGGCAGGUGGAUUCGCUCUACGGGCCUUCUUCCUGGCGACCGAAGGAGGGCUAUCCAUGGAGAAUUCCAUGAUGCCUCACCCUCACGGAGCUGCCGAAUCCACCCAUUCUGAUGGGUUUACUUAUACUUCCGAUAUGGUUCCGGAUUCGUCAAGUUCCGGGCGGAGUAUAAGUUCCGUGGAGCAGCCUAUUCCAGAAGAGAAACCAUACAUCGCACUCCUUCAGCUAGAGGGGGAGCGAAAACGGGUUAUGGAAGAAAUUCUCCACAUCGUGGAAGGGCAAUUGGAAGACCCGGGGCUGCCACGGGGUCCACAUGAGCAAGCCCUACGCUUCUGUUGGUUUGAACUGGAUAUAAAUGAUAAUUCCAGUCUUACCGAUCUUCAAGACUGGAGGGGUUCACUAAGAGGGGGUAACCUUGGGCAAUACCAAUCCAUUUUUGGUUUCUAUAAGCCCGGGGGGAUUUAUUAUCCAGGGAAUACUCCUCCAGGUUAUAAAGCCCACUAG